AUGGCAUCCGCCGCCGAUCUCACCAGGCUCGAAAACGAGUACCUAAACACAGAAUACGCCCGGGCCAUCACGCCUGUUGAAACCCUCAUUAAGGAUAUCUACAACCACCACAAGGAGAUCGACCUAGCCUAUAUCUUUAUGCCUCUCUGCUUGCACCCUGUCGGAGAAGCCACUCGCAGCUGGAUCGUGUCCUUACCCACGGAGCUCCGAGCCAGUCGACCCUCCCCCUCCGAAAGAAGUUCGACGGAGUUACAUAUAGAUGGCUGGCAAUACGACAUAGAGGGUCUUUGGGUUGGUCUUUCUCUUCCUUGCGACCGAUGUUUCGAUGCAUACGUACGUUUUUAUGAUGAUAAGUUCAUUUAUUACAUCAUGGCUUUGGCUCGUCGACACCUAUUUAACAUAGUCCAGAAUGGAAAGGAGGUUGAAGAGGGGAGAAAGGAAGCAUAUAAAGUGAUCGAGGCGGCGGUGUCUCAGUAUGGAAAGCGGAUGAAACAACCACAAGUCCAACAGAUCGCCGAUAUUGAAAAGAAACGACAGGAAGAUAUUAAAAAAGCACUCGAAGACCACGCCGAAAAUGUCAAGAAUGGGGCCUACGCAGAGGUCGAGCGUCAUUGUGCGCACACAAUGGAUUGGAUCGCAACCUUUGAAUCAACAGUUCAAUUAUCGGUUUCUGUCGCGCCUUCAGAGCCAUCCGAGCGACUAAGCCCAUCGACACCCCAUAGCGAGGGCAGCUUUCUCGCUCGCAGUCCUUCAGCUGAUGCUUAA